GCUUAGGCAAAAAAGCCGUUUCUAUUGCUUCUUUAUUUCUCUUUCUCUGUGUGUGUCCCCCUUCCUUCUCACUGCGUCUCGAUCUUCGUCUUUCUUUUGCGGUUUUUUAUUGCUAUAAUUCUUCUUCUGUAUGCAUCGUGUUCGUUUUCUCAAUCGAUUUGACAAAUCUUGAGAAAGAUAGAAGACUGAGAAGAAGGUGUUGAUUUUUUAGUUUGAUUUUUUAAAUGGAGCAGCUUGUUAACUUCAUCAUUCGACCCCCAAGAGCUGAAUACAAACCGGAACAUGAUCUCUUGGAACAGGAGUUCUUGCUCAAAGGGAGAUGGUACCAGCGGAAAGAUUUAGAGGUGAAAAACAUCAGGGGAGAUGUCCUUAAGUGUAGUCAUUACAUGCCACUUGAGCGUCCCGAAGAUAGGCCUCUACCUUGUGUAAUAUACUGCCAUGGCAACAGUGGAUGUAGAGCUGAUGCCAGUGAAGCUGCCAUCGUAUUACUUCCUUCAAACAUCACCAUUUUCACGCUUGACUUCUCGGGAUCUGGUCUCUCUGGCGGGGACUAUGUCACAUUGGGAUGGAACGAAAAAGAUGAUCUGAAAGCGGUGGUUGAGUACUUGCGCACAGAUGGAAAUGUGUCUCUGAUUGGCUUAUGGGGUCGUUCAAUGGGUGCCGUCACAAGCUUGAUGUAUGGAGCUGAGGAUCCCUCUAUUGCAGCGAUGGUUCUAGACAGUCCAUUCUCUGAUUUGGUCGAUUUGAUGAUGGAACUUGUAGAUACAUAUAAGUUCCCAUUACCCAAGUUUACUAUAAAAUUUGCAAUACAAUAUAUGCGGAGAGCUGUUCAGAAGAGAGCCAAGUUUGACAUAACGGAUCUCAACACCAUUAAGGUAGCGAAGUCAUGUUUUGUGCCAGUUUUGUUUGGACAUGCCAUAGACGAUGACUUUAUUCGCCCUCAUCACUCAGAGCGUAUAUAUGAAGCAUACAUAGGAGACAAAAACAUCAUCAAAUUCGAGGGAGGCCACAAUUCACCGCGGCCACAAUUCUACUUUGAUUCGAUAAACAUCUUUUUCCAUAACGUUCUUCAACCUCCAGAGGUGGUUGGGACCAGAUUGUUUGACCCGCUGGAUGAUUAUUUUGUCAAGGGCAGUUGCUGGAGUACCAUGCAAGAACUAAGUUCUCAACCAUCCUCCGCACAGAAAAGUAAGCCAUCUAGGUUUUAUAUAACCAUAUGGCAACAUCUUUACUCAUUGGUUUCAGGUUUAGCUACAGGCAGUACCUCCGAUGCAAUCAAUGAGGUCCGAAUGAAAAGACCUAUGAGUCGCACAGAGGUUCCUUCGAACGUGCCAUCUAAUCAAUCAACGUCAGAAACCAAGGAAAAAGAGAAUUACGAAGUCUCCAGUAGUUCAUCUUCUGAUAUGAUCAGCUUUGAUUUGUCUAACGGGGAUCCAUAUCCUCCUCAUCUCGCUGUAGCCUUAGAUGAUGAUCAAUAUGUGGAGUUUCAAGUAGAGGAAUUAGCAGAUUUUCCAUCUAAUCCAGAUGAAGAAGAGAGGAUGCUGAUGGAAGCGGUGAUGAAAUCGCUCAAGGACCUGGAGGUUGAAAUUCAUCAGAAUAAAGAACCUUCCAAGACCACCGAUACAGAGAACCCUGUAGAAAAAGAAGGUAAUGCUUGUUCUACCACAAAACCAGAAUCAGCACAUCCUGAGACAUUUUCUGCUUCCAGUCUAAGUAACCAUGAUGCACCAUCAUCUUCUGAACCCAAUGCUACAUCGGAUUCUCUGCCAGGACCCGUAAAUGGUAGUCAGGACACAGAUGACGCCAUUGACUUGUCAUCACGUACAAAGGCAACAGUGACUGUGGUUGGACGUAGUAGCACAUCAGGAAACGUCUUAGACGGGUUAUUACGCCGGUGGGAUCUCAAUUUCUUCAAAAGUAGAUAAUAUCAUAAAGAUGUGUUUUGGUUUGGGUAAAUUAGAAAGCAAAGCUUUAAGUGUUUAAAGGUUUGUCACGUCAAGUUAUCUUCUGAUUAUGAUUUUAUAUGUUUUUUUCCAUUUAAUGUUACAAGAAAA